AUGGACUGGAAGAGCAGUGGCUUUAUGGGAACACAAAAGUGUCUUCUAAUGGUUUUAUUUCUGCCACAUGUGAUCACAAGUUCUGUAUUAACUGUGAACAGUAAAACUGAGAACCAUUUUCUGAACACUAGGAUUGGCUUCAAUGAAUCUUUAAAAUGUGCUGUUCAGAAUCACACUAAAGAGGAAAACCUUCUCUGGUACAGAAAUGAUGGAGAAGUGGAUUUGAAAUCUGAAAACAGGAUUAACUCCAGCUCAGUGUGUGUCUCUUCCAUCACUGAGGAUGACAAUGGAGUCACCUUUACCUGCAAGCUUCAGAGCAAUCAGUCAAGGUCCAUCUCAGUGGUGCUGAAUGUCACAUUUUCUCCUCUUCUAAGUGGAGAUGAAGUUCUCACAAUUGAGGAAGGCAGUAGUAUGCAACUGGUUUGCUUUGUGAAGUCCAAUCCCCAAGCUCAAAUGAUAUGGCACAGAAAUGGUAGCAUCCUGAAUUUGGAAAAAAACCAUCAUCAAGUCCAGCAGACGAGUGAGUCUCUUCAGCUGUCAAUCAGCAAAGUUAGGAAGUCUGACAAUGGAACCUACACCUGUGUUGCGAGUUCACCUCUAAGUAUGACAACCAAAGACUUUUACCUCAUUGUCAAAGAUAGAAGUUUGACAGUGCCCAAAGAACCGAUUAUUGCUGCAUGUGUUGUGAUCUUUCUGACAGUAUCCUUUGGACUCAUUGCUAGAAGAAAAAAAAUAAUGAAGCUGUGUAUAAAGAAUAAAGCUCCUCAAAGAGAAACAGCUCUGUAA